AUGCCGCAGAUGAAGCCCACGGUGUUGUUGGAGUACCGCGAAAAAAAAGUCGCUUUCGUUAACCAUGCCGGCCGCCUUUUGCCCGAUGGCCUGGUUCAGCCCCGCCAUCAUCAGCCACGAGAAGCUCCACCGGGAGCUGGCUGGGACCGCUUCGCCUUUGUAGAAAACGGGACCGACGCCCCCGGCCACCGACAGCGACCAGGUUAUUAUGGCGAGCAUGCCGAUGCCGCACCCCAGGCUGGAAAAGAAAAACGGCUUUUUAAAGUGCUCCGGCCGGAUGAACAGGAACGGCACCGAGACGACCCAGAAGACGGUGAAGCCGACCAUCUUGCUGGUGGUGGCGGGGAAGUUGUCCGGCAGCUGGUUGUGGAUGCGCUGGAAGGAUGGCCAGAUGGCCGUGAGGCAAACCCUAGUUGGUGGACCGCACCACCCGAGGAUAAUGGAGAAGAGCGAGACGAUAAGGCGGGCGAUAACGAUAAUGCCCAUGACCUGACCGACGGAUAA